AUGGCCAGCUUCUUCGAUCUCAAGGCGCGCAAACUCGCGGCAGCUAAUGGCACCGCCAGCAAGAACGACAAGCAGACGAACGAGACGUCUCGAGCACAGCCUUGGGUUGAAAAAUACCGGCCAAAGACGCUCAGCGACGUCACUGCUCAGGACCACACUGUGACAGUGCUACAGCGAACACUGCAGGCUUCCAAUCUCCCGCACAUGCUCUUUUACGGGCCGCCGGGCACGGGCAAGACGUCGACAAUUCUAGCGCUGGCCAAGGAGCUGUACGGUCCCGAAUUUGUCAAGUCGAGAGUACUGGAGCUGAACGCGUCGGACGAGCGUGGUAUCUCGAUCGUGCGGGAAAAGGUCAAGGACUUUGCGCGGAUGCAGCUGACGAACCCGCCGCCGGGCUACCGCGACCGAUAUCCGUGCCCGCCCUUCAAGCUGAUCGUGCUGGACGAGGCCGAUUCGAUGACGCAGGACGCGCAGAGCGCGCUGCGCCGGACGAUGGAGACCUAUAGCAAGAUCACGCGCUUCUGCCUCAUCUGCAACUACGUCACGCGCAUCAUCGACCCGCUGGCCAGUCGCUGCAGCAAGUUCCGCUUCAAAAGCCUCGACCAGGGCAAUGCCCGUGCCCGCGUCGAAGACAUUGCCACGCGCGAGCACGUGUCGCUGGCUCCAGGUGCUGUGGACGCGCUGAUCCGCUGCAGUGAGGGCGAUCUGCGCAAAGCCAUUACGUUUUUGCAGAGCGCCGCCCGGCUAGUUGGCCAGGAGGAGGAGGACAAGAAGGAGCAGAAGGAACAGAAGGAACAGAAGGAUCAAGACAAGGAAGAAGACAGCAUGGAUGUCGAUGACAGCCGGCCGGCCAUCACAGUCCAGAUCGUCGAGGAAAUCGCCGGCGUCAUCCCCGACGAUGUCAUCAGCCAGCUUGUGCAGGCGAUCCGGCCAGCAGCCAAAGGCGGAUCGACCUACGCGGCAAUUGCGAGCGUGGUCGAGGACAUGGUGGCCGACGGCUGGAGCGCCGGUCAGGUGGUCACACAGCUGUACCAGACCGUUGUGUACGACGAGACGGUGCCAGACGCCCAGAAAAACAAGAUCGUGCUGGUGUUCUCCGAGGUGGACAAGCGGCUGGUCGACGGUGCCGACGAGCACUUGUCGAUCCUGGACCUGGCGCUGCGGAUUUCAGCCAUCAUGGCCAAAUAA